AUGGGCUGUGGCUACUCCCUCUACUCCGAACCUGAUGAUAUCAUCUUCAAGUACAAGGGGCCGCCGCGUGGGUCAGGCCGGGCCUACAAGAUGUUUAAGAAGGAGAAUGGACUGCUGUUCCGCAUCGAGAUGAAUGGUGGGCGGUGGGCCUUCUAUAACGACACCNACAAGAUGUUUAAGAAGGAGAAUGGACUGCUGUUCCGCAUCGAGAUGAAUGGUGGGCGGUGGGCCUUCUAUAACGACACCAAGGAGUAUGAAUUUCAUCUGCGUUACGUCUUUGACGAGGGCAGCGAGGUGACGGGGCUCGGCGACACCACUGUGACGGAGAUGGACGACGGCACCACAAUCGUGGAGACGAUUGUGUACCCUCUCGAGACCCUAAUGUUUGUCGAGGGCGAUAUUACGGGUGGCCGCGGCAGGAUCGAGGCGAUGCCGGUGUCCGGACGCUACAAGCGAGAGAAACUGAGGGGGAAGCUCAUGCGUGGCACAUGA